AUGUGUAGGUCCCCUAACCCUGUCCCUCCCGGUCGAGGAUUGAUCCGAUUGCUAAUUCUAGCUGCUUCAGCCGACGAAACCCGCAUCGCCGAUGCCAUCAUCCCGGGUGAAGUAUCCAAUGAGGUGAUCCAUGUUCAUAGCAAGUCCGAUCCAGAGAAAAACGCCUACGAAGUCGACGCCCGAGCGCUGGAGAAUGAGGAGUACCCCAUUCCCACCGAGGAGGAAGUCAGCACCCUUCGCAAAGUCCCGGCCAAUCUCCCCCUCGUCGCAUAUUCCCUCUGUUUGGUUGAGUUCGCCGAAAGAGCGUCCUACUACGGUGCUCAGACAGUCUUCUCCAACUUCAUUGAGUUUCCUCUCCCGAAAGGAGGUAAUGGCGCCGGUGCGCCUCCGCGAGGGUCGCAGGAGACCGCGGGUGCGCUGGGAAUGGGUCUCCAAGCCAGUGAUGGAUUGGUCCUGUUGUUCCAGUUCCUUGCCUAUGUCAUUCCCAUUUUCGGAGGAUGGUGGGCUGACGUACACAUCGGGCGAUAUAAAGCCAUUUGUGUCGGAGUCGCCAUCUGUGGUAUUGCCCACAUCAUCCAGAUCAUCGGCGCUAUCCCAUCAGUGCUGCAGGCCGGGACGGGGCAUGCGGCGCCGCCCUUCAUCAUCGGUCUUCUGAUGUUGGCCUUUGGUGCCGGUGUCUUCAAGCCCAACAUUGCACCCACCGUCCUGGACCAGCACCGCCACCACAAGCCAUACACCAAGGUCUUGAAGACCGGGGAGAAGGUGAUUGUGGACCCGGAAUUGACCGCCACGCGGACAAUGCUCAUCUUCUACGGGAUCAUCAACGUCGGAGCCUUCUACAUGCUUGCCACCACAUAUGCUGAGAAGUAUGUCGGUUACUGGUUGGCCUUCUUGCUGGCCGGGAUCAUCUACUUCAUCCUGCCCGUGGUGCUGGCAGCCGUCUAUAAGAAGACGUACAAGACGCCCCCUAAGGGAAACUCCGAUCUCGCCAAGGCGAUCAAGAUCACGGUGACCGCUCUGCGCGAAAACAAGUGGCAGGUUUGGCGUAAGAACUUCUUCGAUGCGGCCAAGCCGAGUGUGUUGGCGGCCAAGGGAAUCCAGGUCGAAUGGACCGAUAAGCUGGUGGAUGAUGUGCGCCGAACUCUCGUUGCAACGGAAAUCUUCUUCUACUUCCCCAUUUACAACCUCAACGACGGCGGUAUUGGGUCCGUGUCGACGAACCAGGGUGCCUCAAUGGUGACCAACGGCGCCCCCAACGAUCUGCUGAGCAACUUCAACGCCUUGACGAUCAUUGUCGCGGUGCCAAUCGUGGACUUUGUGAUCUAUCCCCUGCUCAAUCGGUAUAAUAUUCCGUUCAAGAGAAUCAGUCGGAUCACGUUCGGCUUCAUCCUGGCGGCGCUGUCCGGCAUGUGCGGUGCCCUCAUCCAGUGGCGCGUAUACAAGUCCUCGCCAUGUGGCUACUUUGCCUCCACGUGUGCCGAAGUCAGUCCGAUCAGCAUCUGGUGGCAGUUGCCAAACACCAUCCUGGGGGCUCUCUCGGAGAUCUUCUGUAAUGUUACGGCGUACGAGUUGGCCUAUGCCCGGUCGCCAGAAAGCAUGAGAGGUCUGGUCAUGGCCAUCUUCCUCUUCAUGACCGCACUUUCCAGUGCGCUGGGAGAGAUUCUCUUGCCAGUCACCGAGGAUCCGGACCUGAUCUGGAUUUGGGGUGCCCCCGCCGUUGCUCUCGGCCUCCAGACCAUUCUCUUCUGGUUCCGUUUCAAGCAUCUCAACAACGAUGAGUUCAUGACCGAUGACGCGGACUAUGAUGACACCAAUAGCGAAGCCCCUAUCCAAGCGUCUGAGGAUGUGAAGACUUCUCAGGAGUAG